AUGGCCAAGACCGGUACUUGGGAUGGGACCGAGGCUGGAGCGAUAGGCGCCGUACAGUUUGUUGACAUAGGGCCGGGGAAAUUGGCCGCGCCGUUCCGAGCGCAAGCGGACACGCUGUACGAGGUGGAACAGUUCAUUAUAGCAACGAUUCGCGGAGGUGGGCUGCCCGUUCACCUGCAAGACGUGAUGAAGAGGCGUCGCCGGGAAGGUCUUCAUCUCGUCAGCCGAGUGUUCACAAAGGUCGGGCCCAAUACACCCGCCGCGAUCAUCAGCACCGGCGCGGCCAGCCAAAUCAUCAAGAAAUGGCGGAUUAUCGACUCCGUUCGCCUCGGUCAACGCGGUGAAGAUAAUGUAGUGCGCAACACCUGUGCAGCCACGUUUUCCCCGGGCGACUUCGUGCAAGCCACCAUCAAGUUCGACGUAGAGUCCGUUCAGUCGAGCAGUCGCCACGAACCGCCGGUAGUACGCAUUCGCCAUCAUCUCAAGUCCCUUGUCCAACUUGUGUCUGCACGGGACGUCCCUCGCGUUCUUCAAGUUUCGCCUUCGUCGGGUUCAGGCAAGCCUCAGACGGCGGAGUUCGUGGCAGAGGAGGGUAUUGACCGGGGGUAUGAGUUCAGCAUGCUGUGA